AUGGUAGUAUUUUCGGUCAUCGUGGUUGUGGUCGUUAAUUCUGUGGUUGUGGUCGUUAAUUCUGUGGUUGUGGUCGUUAAUUCUGUGGUUGUGGUCGUUAAUUCUGUAGUUGUGGUCGUUAAUUCUGUGGUUGUGGUCGUUAAUUCUGUGGUUGUGGUCGUUAAUUCUGUGGUUGUGGUCGUUAAUUCUGUGGUUGUGGUCGUUAAUUCUGUGGUUGUGGUCGUUAAUUCUGUGGUUGUGGUCGUUAAUUCUGUGGUUGUGGUCGUUAAUUCUGUGGUUGUGGUCGUUAAUUCUGUGGUUGUGGUCGUUAAUUCUGUGGUUGUGGUCGUUAAUUCUGUGGUUGUGGUUAAUUCUGCGGUUGUGGUCGUUAAUUCUGUGGUUGUGGUCGUUAAUUCUGUGGUUGUGGUUAAUUCUGCGGUUGUGGUCGUUAAUUCUGUGGUUGUGGUCGUUAAUUCUGCGGUUGUGGUCGUUAAUUCUGUGGUUGUGGUCGUUAAUUCUGUGGUUGUGGUCGUUAAUUCUGUGGUUGUGGUCGUUAAUUCUGUGGUUGUGGUCGUUAAUUCUGUGGUUGUUAAAUCUGUGGUUGUGGUCGUUAAUUCUGUGGUUGUGGUCGUUAAUUCUGUGGUUGUGGUCGUUAAUUCUGUGGUUGUGGUCGUUAAUUCUGUGGUUAUGGUCGUUAAUUCUGUGGUUGUGGUCGUUAAUUCUGUGGUUGUGGUCGUUAAUUCUGUGGUUGUGGUCGUUAAUUCUGUGGUUGUGGUCGUUAAUUCUGUGGUUGUGGUCGUUAAUUCUGCGGUUGUGGUCGUUAAUUCUGUGGUUGUGGUCGUUAAUUCUGUGGUUGUGGUCGUUAAUUCUGCGGUUGUGGUCGUUAAUUCUGUGGUUGUGGUCGUUAAUUCUGUGGUUGUGGUCGUUAAUUCUGUGGUUGUGGUCGUUAAUUCUGUGGUUGUGGUCGUUAAUUCUGUGGUUGUGGUCGUUAAUUCUGCGGUUGUGGUCGUUAAUUCUGUGGUUGUGGUCGUUAAUUCUGCGGUUGUGGUCGUUAAUUCUGUGGUUGUGGUCGUUAAUUCUGCGGUUGUGGUUAAUUCUGCGGUUGUGGUCGUUAAUUCUGUGGUUGUGGUCGUUAAUUCUGUGGUUGUGGUCGUUAAUUCUGUGGUUGUGUCGAUAGCUUGUUAUUAUCACCAUCUUUCUUCUUUAUAA